CAUUCUCUCUACACACACUUUUCUCAGACGUCAUAUUCUUUUGUUUAUGUUUAGGGUUUUGUUCUAGGGUUUGUUACUGUUAUUUACGGACUUCUGUAAUUGUUGAGUGUAAUCUGUACUGAGCUUUGGUUGUAUUUGUAUUCCGUUUAUAAUAAAAGGAGUUCGUUAAUUUUUUAACACUAUCCUUUUAAUUUCUUUUGUUUCAUAAUAAGAAUCACUUGUGCACAUAUACUUCUUUACAAAGCAUCGGAAGCAACGAGCGGAAGCUUUUGAAUAAUUUGUUCACAACUUCACGUAAUAACUUGUAUACUUCUUUAUAAAGCAGCGGUAUCAGCAAUCAUACACAGAUUCACAUAGAGGACAGCCAUAAAUUUUGGUUUCAGCCCCCUUAAUUGUUAAUUGUGAUGGGCGUGUUCCACCGUUUAGGGCUCUGUUUCCAACCAUACCAAUAUCAACAACAUAUUGACAUUAUACCUCCUGAAAUAUUACAAAAUCAAAGAGUUUGUGGGCUAAGUAUGUAGGAAUAACGUUGAGGAGAAGUAGGCAUGCGAUUUUAAAGAUACAAGGUUAGGGCUGGCAUAGGCAUAGGUGCGACCUGGGCCAUUGAUAUCAGGGGAGCUUCUCUUGUUCUUCCAUUCAAGACUAAUGUUGUUCACUCGAUGUCUACUACUUUGGCUAUAUAUAUAUAUAUAUAUAUAUAUAUAUAUAUAUAUAUAUAUAUAUAUAUAUAUAUUAUGCUGCCCAACAAUAAAAACAAAGCAUGAACAUUGCAAAAUCCUUUUUGCGUUAAAUAGUACUGGAUUUCAAUUUACUACAGCAAAUAAUACAAUAAUUUAAAGUAACAUGUAUUUGUAGUUGGCGGUUUGUUUAUUUAUUUUUUGAAGAUAAGCACUGAAACUAAGGGCAUAAGUAAGUCGAUCUCUUUGCCCAGGUGGUCUGUGUUUACCUGUUUGUUUCGUAGAUUAUAGAUUCUUUCCUGUAAACACUAAUUAGUGUAAGUUCAUAAGUCUUUUCGUUCACCGAUGUGUGCUCUAAAGUGAUUUGUGCUUGAAAACCUGUUUAGAUUUGUUUGUGUAAACAUUGGUGUUAUUUUGAUAAAACUAUCUUUGGUUCCUCUUCAUGUGCAUUUUUGUUGAUGAUUUUAUUAUAUUUCUCUGACCACUGAUUUACUUAUGACUAUUUUGUUGUAACAACAGAGCCCGGACAUAAUCUGCUGGCCUUCCAUUUUGGUUUGAAACCCUAAAUUUCUUCGUCUGAUAAUGAAUAAUUCAGCAGCUUCCGUGCCUGUAACUAUGGAGCCUGUUGAUCCGGUUCAUCGGUAUGGUUGUGGGCAUGGACGUCUUAAGGCAGGGCACACAAUUGAUGUCAAGAGAAAUACUGUGAAGAUCGAGCCCGAUCUCAAUGACACCGAAAAAUACCAUGUGACGUUCAGUUAUGACGCUCAGGUUGAUGGCUGUAUAACCGUUUGUAUCUAUUAUUGGGUGGGUCAAGAAAAAAAAGAGGUGUUCAAAACCUCUAAGAAUGCCGAAAAGAGGCCAGGGCUAGUCCAGAAAUUCAAUGAGAAAGGAGAUGGAGUCAAAUUUCCCUUACAUAAGAAGGGCUUAAAAGAUGUCUAUAAAUUAGAAAUAGUGGCACAGGCAGAUGAAGAUGGAAGUAAGAAUUGUAUUUUGGAAAAAACGGAAGCAGUGGUUCAGAACAAGAGUGGUAUAACCAAGGUUAAGGUAAAAAAUCAGAUUUUAUCGGUGAAUGGGAGGAUGUCUGUGUUUGUUGAUUUGAAUGGACGUAGUUAUUCCACGCAAACGGAUGCGGAUGAUCCUUAUAAUGGUUGUCGCAUCUGUUUUGAUGAAAAGAAUCCUGGCAUUGUUUUUCCCAUUGGGGGGUUACUACUUAUUGAGAAACCAAUUGCAGAGGAGAGUAAUGGGACUUGUCUAUACAAGGGAACUUAUGAUGAAUCACCAGUUAUUGCGGGAAGGAUUCCCAAGGGGAAUGGUACAACAGACGAAAUGAUUCAAAUUCUCAAGAGAUCUAAUCUGCAUCAUUCUAAUGUUCUUUGGCAUUUUGUUGAAGAGGAGAAUGAAGAUUUUGUUUUUUAUGUUUAUGAGAGGUGUGAAUGCAGCUUACAUGAUUUGAUAUCAUCAGUUGUUCAUGAUAAAAAAUCGAAUGAAUACAGAGUGACACUUCCAGGUUUCAACAAUCUGAAGCUGUGGAAGCCUGAUGGUGUUUCUCCUUCAGAGUGCUUGUUGAAACUUUUGAGUGGCAUAGUUGAAGGAAUUGCCCAUGUCGAGGAACAUGGAAUUAUUCCAAACUUAAACCCUCAAUGGAUCUUUAUAUGCAAAACUCCUUCCGGUAUCACUGCAAAAGUCUUGGGAAUGGGCAUUAGCACAUCAGGACAAACGACUGUUGGGGAUUCAUUCAAUUUAGGGCAUCUGUUUUGUUUUUGUAUCACUGCUGGUUACCUCCCGUUUGAUGACGAGACAGUGCAAGAACAAUUAAAAUGGAUCCCUGAAGCCUCUCAUCUUAUCUCUCGCCUCCAGAAUACCAAUCCGGAUUCCAGACCAACAGCCAAAGAAGUAUGCGACGACAUUUUUUUCUGGGACGCCAAGCAACAUCUUUCCUUCAUCAAAGAUGUGAGCGACUGUGUGGAUCCAGACGUCUGCAAUGCCAAAGCCAAAAUCCUACAGUUACUCAAUAUCACAGAUCCACAAGCCUUACGUGGAAAAUGGGUUAAAUCUCAAAAGUUGGACAAUGUGACCAAUUCCAAAAUCCUAAAAUCACUUGAAAGCCUUCAGGGUUACAGCAAUUGGAACACUUUAAUACACCCCACACUCAUAAAUAACUUAGAGCGACACAGAUAUUACGAUUACAACAGCGUAUGUGAUUUAUUACGAUUCAUAAGAAACUGUUCAAAUCACUAUAAAACACUCUGGAACGAUUCAAAACAUUUGUUGGGGGGAGUGGAGGGACUCUCGACAUAUUUUAGCAGCAAGUUUCCUAAACUGGUAAUGGACGUAUAUAAAGUUUUGGAAAAUCAUUUAGCGAAUGAAGAGCUUCUUAAUAAGUAUUGUUAGAAUGAGCAGUUUUAAGUUAUCAAGUCUUUUCGACGCUUCUCGUUCUCUUAUAGAAUUUGGGGACUUGUCUCGAGCAUGCCUAGUUUUGCAGUCUACUCUAGCAAAAAAUGGCAUUCUUUCACUGUGUGCAAGAAACGGGGAUGAUGAGGUUGGCUUUGCAGCGUUUUGUCAGAAAUUACAGAUGAAGAGGCACAUAAAGACAAACAAAUCUCAGUUGGAUGUUGCCACUCCUGGUUAAUGGGGAAAGGGCUAUGGGCUAUCUUCUCUGCAGGACUCACUCUCUCAUAAUCAUGAUCAGAAGGUUCCGAUUAGUUGCUACAUAUUUAGUAUGGCCUGGUAUCAUUCUGAAAGUAAGAUUGUCAUUCUGUUCUAUUUGCUUUUUGCAAGACUUUAGCUCCCAGGUGACCCUUAAUUUCAAGUGCUUGAGCUUUCGUGGGAAACAGACCCAUUAUUACUCUUCUCACUUGGACUUGGUUGGUGCUGCUCGUUGGUUGUCCCUUUCAAUAGCUGGUGCUGCUGCUGUACUAUGCUUCUUCAAGUGUUGGUGUGGUGUCAUCUCCCAUUUUGGUUGUGUUUAGUUUGUACUUCAGUAUUUUCUUUUUUCCUUGUGCUGUAUUCUGUAUUUUCCAGCUUCUUGCUGGUUUUCACAUAUUUAUAUUAUUUUAGCGGUUGAAAAAGAGUCUUUUUAUUCA